GAAUAAACCGUAGCGCGCGAUGAACCGGCUACUUCUGACGUCACUGCUGAUCUACACGAGCGCGCGGCUCAGUACCGGGAUCUACUGGCUGGGUCUGACGGUGAACGGUAGCUCGGUGGGCUGGAACGAGACGCAGCACUGCAGGCUCCUGCACGCUUUGGUUCCUGACCAGCAGCAGCUGUGCAGGAGGAACCUGGAACUCAUGCGCAGCGUGGUCAGGGCCGCAGAGCUCACCAAAGCCGCGUGCCAGGACGCCUUCGGAGACAUGCGCUGGAACUGCUCGUCUGUGGAACGGGCGCCGCACUUCGGGCCCGACCUGGCUAAAGGUACUCGUGAGACGGCGUUCGUGUUCUCUCUCUCGGCGGCGGUUCUUACCCACACCAUCUCCCGGGCCUGUUCGUCGGGCGAGUUGCCGAGCUGCUCGUGUGCGGCGGCUCCGGCCGAGCAGGCGUCGCCGGAUUUCCGUUGGGGCGGGUGUGGUGAUAACGUACGCUUCGGCCUGCAGAUGGGCGCCGCCUUCUCCGACGCAACCAUGAACAGCAGGCGCUCGGCGUCACCCGCCGCCCGCCUCAUGCACCUGCACAACAACGCGGUGGGCAGACAGGCUCUGCUGGACGCCCUGGAGACCAAGUGUAAGUGCCACGGCGUCUCCGGCUCCUGCUCGGUGAAGACCUGCUGGAAGGCCCUGCAGGACGUCCAUCACAUCUCAGCUCACCUUAAAGCCAGAUACCUGUCCGCCACCAAGGUGACCUCACGCCAGGUGGGCACACGCCGCCACCUGGUGCCCCGGGACAUGGAGGUGAGACCGGUGCUGGAGAGCGAGCUGGUUUACCUGGCCAGUUCAACCGAUUACUGCUCGUACAACACCAAGUACGGCUCGUACGGAACCACCGACAGGCAGUGCAAUAAGACGGCGAGUGGGAGUGGCUCAUGUAACUUGAUGUGCUGUGGGCGGGGCUAUAACACCUACACAGAGCAGGUAGAGGAGCGCUGUCACUGCAGGUAUCACUGGUGCUGCUACGUCACCUGUAAGAAGUGCACACACACCGUGGAGAGGCACGUCUGUAAGUGACGCCCACGCCAGCCGUACGUACCGAGACGGACUUCCACAGCAGGCACUGGAGAUUCUCCCCGAGAGCGCGGACGAGGCGUGAGCGGCACCACGGGACGGGCGUGAGUCUCACCUCCAGCACCGACGGAGAUGAGAGAGACCAGGAGGACAGAUCAAAGGAAAGGACGUCCUCUUCUGAACUGAGGAGUGUGGAUCAGCGUGGACGAUCAGAACACAGAACACACUCCACCUGAGAGGUUCCAUAUCACUGCUCAUGAUCACACAUCAGUCUGGCUUGCAAAAAUGCACAUUAUUAAAUGAAGAUCCCAGGUACCUGGGUCUAAUCCUUACCUCCGUUCACUGUUUGUGAGAAGUUUAGCAUGUUCUCUCUGUGCCUGUGUGUGUGUUCCCUUACUGGGGUUUCGUUCCACCACCUAAUAACGUGCAGGAGGUGGAUUGACUGUUCAGAGUGAGUGAGUGAUGCGGUGGUGUGCUGUUAGAACGGUUCCAGACCCACCGAGACCCUGACCAGGGUGACUCCGCUCCGACAGAACCUGAUAAGAACUGAUUUUAUUUCCUGGGGGGGGUUAGGGUUGGGGGUUGGGAGGUAU